AUGAAGUACCAGCGCCUCGCCUCGUUCGGCUUCGCUGCCCUCAGCGCCGCUGCUGUGUCGGCCAACCCUCUCGUCCAGCGCGAAGAGACUCAAUGUCCCUCGGGAUACACCGCCAGCGUCGUCUACAAGACCAUCACCCUGCACCCCAGCUCGGCCCCGGGUGUUCAGGCUACCUCGACUCCGGUUGCCGAGCCUUCGGGCGUUGCUGCCAUCGCGACCACCUCCACUCUCGCUGUCGAGACGACCUCUGCCGCCGUUGAGACCUCCGGCGUUGCGGCCGUCGCCACUGGCUCCUCCCCUGCUGUCGAGUCCUCUGCUUCUCCCGCCGUCGAGACCUCCGUCGCCACGACGGUCGUGACCAGCUCGACUGUCGCCAUCGAGACCACUGCCUCCCCUGCAGCCGAGACCUCCGGCGUCGCUGCUGUCGCUACCGGCCCGUCCUCCGCUGUCGAGACCACUGCCUCAGCAAUCACCGUCGACACCUCCGCCCCCGCGGUCGUGCCCACCUCCACUUCCCCAGUGGUUCAGUUCACCACCCUCCCCUCUCUGCCCUCGGGCUCCCCCGGCCUCGUGCCCAUGGGCGAGGGCCAAUGUCCUCCCGGAUACACCGCCAGCGUCUACUACAAGACCAUCACCCUCCAGCCAACCUCCACCCCCGUGGCUGAGCCCACCACUCCCGCAGUCGAGUCCACCUCUACCCCUGUUGCAGUAGUUGAGACCUCUUCCUCCGCUGUCGAGACUACCUCCACCUCCACUUUCACCCCCGUGGUUGUGUCCACGUCCUCUUCCUCUUCCGUUGAGCAGAUCACCACUCUGCACAUGUCUUCUACCACCACCGUGACCACCGUCGUCACUGCUACCCCGGCCGCCGCUGCUACUACUUCUGUCGAGAGCGUUGCCCCCGUGGCUACCACCUCGUCCGUUGCAGCUGUCGCUGCCGUCGACGGUAACAGCAGUGCUGCUGAGCCUGCUUCUACUUCCUCUUCGGUCUCCACACCCGUGGUUGAGAUCACCACCGCCGAUGAUGUCCAGGCUGCUACUACCACUGUUGUUGCUCAGGCUACCACUGAGGUGGCUCCUGCUGUGACUACCGAGGCUGCUCCCGUGACUACUGAGGCUGCCCCUGUGACUACCGAGGCUGCUGCUGUGACCACUGCUGAGGCUGCCGUUUCCACCGCUGAGGCCGCCGUUACCACCGUCGUCGAGAUUGCCAACCCGCCCAGCGAGGCCGCUGCCACCACCGAAGCAGCCCAAACCACCGUCGAGGCUGCUCCCACGACCUCUUCUGCUGCCGCCACCACCGAAGCGGCCACGACCGUUGAGGCCGCCAUCCAGUCCGCCACCGAGGCCGCCUCCACCAGCAGCACCAGCACUACCGCCGCCGCGGCCGCCACGACCUCCGCGUCCAGCACCACCAGCACCAGCAGCUCCACCGACGUGCUCGGCUCCGAGAUCUCGGGCGAGGCGACCUUCUACGGCGGCAACGUGUCCGGCGGAACGUGCUCUUUCGCCGACUACACCCUUCCCUCGGGACUCUUCGGCACCGCGCUCUCCAUUGAUCGCUGGUCCAACGCCGCUGAAUGUGGUGCUUGUGUCGAGGUCACUGGUCCUACGGGAACGAAGAUUAAGGCGAUGAUCGUCGACGAAUGCCCCUCCUGCUCCUCCAACCACCUGGACCUCUUCGAAGACGCCUUCGGCGAGCUUGCCGCCAUCUCGGAAGGCGUGAUCUCCAUCGACUGGGAAUACGUCACCUGCGGAAUCACGACGCCCAUCGAGCUGAACAACAAGAGCGGCACCUCCGCCUACUGGUUCGCCAUGCAGGUCGUCAACGCCAAUGAGCCCGUCACCUCCCUGGAGGUCAGUACCGAUGGCGGCUCCACCUGGCAGUCCACCACCCGCUCCUACUACAACUACUUUGAGAACCAGAGUGGGUUCGGCACGGAUACCGUUGACGUGCGGGUUACGGGCGAGAGCGGGAAGACGAUUACCGUUAAUGAUGUUAGUGUGGCGAGUGGGACCAGCGUUACUGCUUCUUCUAACUUUUAA